AUGUACCCUGAUCAUCAUGCCGGAGCCCAGGCUGCCAUGCAGCAUCUGGUGCCCGGCGGCGAAGUGCGCCAGACCACCGACAGACCAUACUCUACUACUGCAAUACCGUCCUCAGAAUCAGACGCGUUCAACUGGGACUUGGAUAUCCCAGACGGCAGUCCUCCGCUAUGGCUGACCUCCCAGCCGUCCACAUUUCCAUCUUACCCUGCCCGUCCUCCAUUGCACCCAACUCCGCUUUCUCUCGAUAGCUGGUCUUCGUCCUCCAGUGCGUUCACAUCGCCUCUUAACUUACCAUCAAGCUCCCAAUCCCUCCUCCAGAAUGAUAGUUACGCCAAGUUCCCACGGCCAGGAAGCAACUCCAUAGAUUUCGCCCCGUUUGGAGCCAACCCUGCACCCACCCGAAGUGCGCACUCACAGCCUAGCUCGGAAUCCGCCAGUGCAUACAGCUCCGACCACUCGACAUGGAACUCGCGCCCAGCGUCAUCAUCCCAACACCGGCCGGCACUAACAACAGGCUCACAGGGAUGUGCUGUAUCCGAAUCGCAAGACUGGAGUCUCCCGCUGCAUAUCGCGGCCGAGCGAGGUCACGAGAGUAUUGUGCGAGCAUUGAUUGAUGGGGCCGUUGACAUCAAUGAACGGGAUAGUAACGGCUGCACCGCGUUACAUGUGGGUGUUAAAUGGAAGCAGGAAGGCGUGGUGAAGGUCUUGCUAGAGUCUGGGGCUGAUGUGAAUGCACUGGAUAAUGCUGGGUGGACACCGGUUCAUUCAGCCGCGGAUAAUGGGUUCGCGGCGGGAUUACGGCUACUCUUGGACUUUGGGGGGAAUUUAACGUUGAAGGCACGUAAGAAGUCUCAGGUAGACCAGGGCUGA